AUGAGCACCCGCAAGAGCGCGAUGAGUGCUUCGAAGGCCGAGAGCGGCAACACUGGAGACAUGGCAGAGUUUAACACAGCUUCCAAAAUCAACGACAAUGUUGCAGCCGAGUAUUUUCCCCCUCAUCGCUCCGAGAACAUCCAGGAUGUCGAAGAAGCCAGUGAGAUCUCCCGUGUCUCGCCAGCCUUGUUCCAAGAAGGAUCCACCGCAGAGAAGGUGCCAGCUUGGAAGGAAGUGCCGAGAAGCGAUCAUGACCAAGUCCAGUACAAAAAUCAGUUCAGCAUGACCAAGCCAAUCUUCAACAGACCAAGUCAGUCUCUGAGCCCCAUCAGCCAGCACAGUGCUGAGGAAGGCGACGCUCUGAACAUGUCGAACGGAAAACAAAAGGCAGAGAAGCAGGUCGCUUCCGAUGAUCAGCUCAAUGUGCCACUCACGGCUGAGGACAGAGCAAAGUCCUUCAUGCGUGAACGUCUGCAACACUGGAAGGACAUUCUGGAGGAACAGAAGUGCUCUUCACUUGACGAUGAGUUCAAGGGGGCCAGGCUACCAGUCCCCUUAGACUUCAAUGCCAGUAUGUUGAGUCGCGAAGACUACGAAGAACACCUCAGAGACGCCUCCGGCUGCGACUCCACCCACGCCACCACUUCCCCGAACGUCUCUCCCUCAGAACAAUCAACAGCAACAAGUGCCUUGCUCUACGGCCUCUCGGUCCUCAAAGCCGCUUUUCCAGCUCAACAGCAUGACAUGGUGACCUCACUCAUACACCCCAAAGUCCGAGUCUUGCAGCCCAGCUUGGCGUUUGAGAUGACUGCCUUGUUGCUGGAGAUUGACACGACGAAGUUGUUAAGCAUGACUGUUGACGAGGAGGCUUUGUUUGCCAGAGCGAAAAAGGUGGCUAGGGCCUGGGGAGUAGAGUUGUCGAGCCUUGACAAUAGUCCUGAUGGUGUUGCUUAG